CCUCUCUCCUUUCUUUGCUCUUCUGUUAAUUUUAUUUAAUUUCUUUUAAUCUCUUUCUCUCUCUCUCUCUCUAACAUUGUUUUGUCACAUAUUAGUCUAUAAAUGAGUCACAAUUCACUUCAUUUUAACUCCCUCAGCUCCUAUUCUUUUUCUGCAAUUUUCUCUCUCCCUGUGAAGAAAGUAAACAUACAAAGAAACCAUAAUCAUGGAGGAAUUGGGUUCAGUGUGGUCUUUAUACCAGGAGCAAAACAUAAACGAGUUGAAUCAUAAGCUUCACUGCACCAAAGUUGAGCUAGAGUCAGUUAAAAUGGAGGCAAAGGAACAAAUGACAAAGAGUGAGGAGUACCUGAAAAAUUUACUUGAUCUCUUAAAAUCUGCAUUGAAAGAAAGAGAUGAAGCAAGAUAUCAGCUUCAGAAAGCUCAGCUUAUGUUGAGUAACAGUCAAACUGAACUUCCUAACAUGUUUGCUCAACUUCAACCUGAAAGCCUUCUCUUAUUGCCUGCUGCCAAGGCCAACUCAAGCAUAACAGAAUCGAACAGUCUUUCUGAGACUUACAAUCACCACUCUCAUGGCUCUUCGCCUGUAGAAUCGUUUUUUGAUGCUGCUGUUUCUUCACCAGAACUCUCCAAUUUCAACAUGGCUGAUUCAAGCCACAUGGGGUUUUCCAUUGGUUCUGUUCCAGCCCCACCAAAGAUUGAUCCGGGUACUGUUGUGAUUGAGAAUCUUUCCAAAGGAAAAACUCUGCCUCAGAAGGGAAAACUAUUGGAGGCUGUUCUGAAUGCUGGUCCACUCCUCCAGGCUCUCUUCUUGGCGGGGCCUCUUCCCAAGUGGCGUAACCCGCCCCCCUUGCAGCCCUUCAAGAUUCCUCCGGUUUCAAUUAAAGGCGCCGGUGAAGGUGCUUCCGGGUAUAAUCAUAAACCAGUUGACAACUCCUAUGUGGCUCAAAAGCCUAUUAACUCAUUGCAAUAUACUCAGUCAUGCUCGGCCUCCAUGUUGAAUUUCGCUGGUGGUGCUUCUAGCUCGCGCCUGAACAAUUCAAAGCUGCUCUCUAUGAGUUCCAGUUAUAAUGACCAAAUACCGAUUGUGAAACGGCAGAGACUCCAUUGAAAUCAUUUUGAGUUUUGGUUCUUCUUGUAAAAAGGGAAAAAGAAAAUCAGAUCUCUCAGGGUGGGUGAUAUUGAUGUAAAUGGGAUACUUUUAUUCUUAUGGUUUUGAUCCUUAAAAGACAUAGCAAUUAAGUAUUUUUUAGUUUUAUCCUUUUUUAGUCAUUUGUAUAUCACAUUGUUUGUCAAAUUUGUUAGCCCUUUUUAGCGAAGGUUAAAUUUCAUGGUCGACACAACAACCCCAAUUUUCUCUUCAUUCUAGAAUUUCGUUUAGAGUGAAAGUCAAUUCAAUUUUAUUAAUGUUAAAUGAAAUUAUGAAAGUUGUAUUGAA